AGUCCUGACUCUGGGGCUGUCUGUUUUCAUGCACUCAGCGACAUGCUGAAAUCGUGAAUCACGUGAUUACACUGGACAAUACUGGCCACCAGCUGGAAUGUUCAAGAUCGAAGCCGGAGACGCCCGCGCGACUGCUAGCUUCGACUCCGAUUUGGAGAUGAUCAGCGGUGCCGGAUUGUAUAAACAGAUAUCCAGAUGUAUCCGGAUGCAGUAUGGAGUUGAGGCGAGUGCUCUAACAUAUCACCCCGGUUCCAGAUGGGCAACGUCAACAGGCAGCGAAAGAAGGCCCGCUUGUUUGCUAAUUCGGAAAUAUCAAAAUUAUGGUUGUUUUCGGCUUGGUAUUGUUCUCUUGUACUAUAAAGAACGCUCAAGAACUCGUCCAAUUCUCGAGACAUACAUCGUCCCUGUUUGAUUCGAGUUCCGUUAUCUGCUCUCAAGUUUUAUCCCAAACACCGUCGUCAUGCAUCUUUCUAAGUCUUAUACCUUACUUGCCUUGUCCCUCGCGGCUGGAACGGCCAAUGCACGUCCAAAUGGCGAUGCAGGUGCUGUCGGUCAGAGCACUGCCAUUCAGUCUACUGCGGCUGCUGGACACAAAGGCCCCAAGGAGUCCUCCGGCGUCACUUUUGGUCCUGAUGGGCACGCAACAACCUUUGUCCCCGAGACUACCUGGGUGACUGAAGUUACCACCAUUUGCACCCAUGAAACCUGCCAGGGGAAGCCCACUUCAAGCCCCGUGGCUGUACCUACUUCUGAGUCUAGCACCACUACUGCAACUACUGCCCCUACUCAGAGUGCUCCCGUCCAGAGUGCCCCUGCUCAGAGUGUUCCAGUCCAGAGUGCUCCUGCCCAGACUGCUCCUGUCCAGAGUGCUCCCGCUCAGAGUGCUCCUGCUCAGACUGCUCCCGCCCAGAGUGCUCCUGCUCAGAGUGCUCCCGCUCAGAGUGCUCCUGCUCAGAGUGCUCCCGCUCAGAGUGCUCCCGCUCAGAGUGCUCCCGCUCAGAGUGCUCCUGCUCAGAGUGCUCCUGCUCAGAGUGCUCCUGCUCAGAGUGCUCCUGCUCAGAGUGCCCCUGCUCAGAGUGCUCCCGCUCAGAGUGCUCCUGCUCAGAGUGCUCCCGCUCAGAGUGCUCCCGCCCAGAGUGCUCCCGCCCAGAGCGCCCACCCAACAAGCGCACCUGCUGCCUCGAGCACGCCUCUCAUCAAGCCAACGCCCGCUUCCUCAAGCGCCCACGCAAGCUCUUCCGCCCAUAAGACCUCCAAGCCUACCUCAACGAGCACGAAUGAAGGCAAUGAAGGAGGAGAAGCACCGGCCGGCCCAGAGGCCACCGGAGGAGGUGUCAGCCCCGGUUCUAGGGUUAUUAUCCCCGGAGUUGCCACCUUGGUUGGUGUUGCUUUCGGCUUAAUCUAUAUGGCUUAAUUUGGCCCAUUUUACCGUUGGCGUUUGAUGAUCUGAAAUUUCUUGCUCGUUCUUUGUUUCUUGUUUUGGGGUAUAAACCCCUGGUUCGCGUUUGUCUGUCAUUUUCCAAGUCUGACGCUUAAUAUGUUGUACAUCACAUCACAUUCCCUAUUUUCAUCCUACGCACUAAUGCUAAAGUACUUAUCUAUUUGGGAACAUGCAUUGCCUACUAGCUUUACAUAGCAUCUAAGCUCUCAACUUUCAUUGACCAAGAACAAAAGAGAGGAGGGGUUGUCCAGUCCUGGGCAAGCUUCAACGAGGAGAAAUAGA